CUGGAGGACAGAGGGUUGGGAGAGAGGCAAGGGGCGGAGCGAGCCAAAGGCAGUGUCUGAAGGGGGCAGAAAAGGGGGAGGAAAAGCACUCCUGGCACCAACCUGCUGGGACUGGGAGGGGCCUGGCCCCCAGGUGGACACAGAUGGCCUUGGGGCCCUGCUGCAUAGCUACCUCACGGCCAGACUUUGGCAGUCCCUGCAAGGCAAGGUCAUGCUCUCCCUUUCAGGGUGGCUCUGACCUGGUGGGGUCGGUGCCAGCACUGAGCAGCAGGGGUUAGGACCCAGCUGGCCCUUCCCUGCAUCACACUGCAAAAGCAGAUCACGGGAUCAUAUGUGUGCAAGUGUGCACCCCGGCACUCAGACAAGAGUGCACCCCGGCACUCAGACAAGCGUGCACCACUGCACUCAGACAAGUGUGUACCCCUGUACUCAGAUAAGCGUGCACCCCUGCACUCAGACAAGCAUGCACCCCUGCACUCAGGUGUGCACCCCUGCACUCACAGACAAGCGUGCACCCCUGCACUCAGACAAGUGUGUAUCCCUGCACUCACAGACAAGCAAGCGUGCACCCCUGCACUCAGACAAGCGUGCACCCCUGCAAUCACAGACAAGCGUGCACCCCUGCACUCAGACAAGCAAGCAUGCACCCCUGCACUCACACAGACAAGCAAGUGUGCACCCCUGCACUCACAGACAAGCAAGCGUGGACCUCUGCACUCAGACAAGCGUGCACCCCUACACUCACAAGCAUGCACCCCUGCACUCAGACAAGCAAGCGUGCACCCCUACACUCACAGACAAGCAUGCACCCUGCACUCAGACAAGCCUGCACCCCUGCACUCAGACAAGCAAGUGUGCACCCCUGCACUCACAGACAAGCGUGCACCCCUGCACUCAGACAAGCAAGCGUGCACCCCUACACUCACACUCAAGUGUGCACUCCUGCACUCAGACAAGCAAGCAUGCACCCCUGCACUCAGACAAGCAAGAGUUCACCCCUACACUCAAGCGUGCACCCCUGCACUCACAGACUAGUGUGCACCCCUACACUCACAGGCAAGCAUGCACCCCUGCACUCGCACAACCGGCAAGCGUGUAUUCCUGCACUGACAGACAAGCGUGCACCCCUACACUCACAGGCAAGCGUGCACCCCUGCACUCGCACAGACUGGCAAGCAUGCAUUCCUACACUGACAGACAAGCGUGCACCCCUGCACUCAGACAAAUAUGCACCCCUGUACUCAGACAAGGGCCCGACCCCAUGUGUGCAACCUAAACUGUGGAACGGUGACAACUUCUGUGAAACCAGCAUCUAGGCUGAAGAUGUCUCCAGCAACCCCAGUCAUGGCCUGGUCCCCACUCCUCAUCUUCUGCUCAGGGGCCCAGCUCAGUUGCCACACCAGGACAUGUCCUGUAAUCCAAAUCAGGGCGCCCUGCUGCAGGGUGUGUCUGUGUUGUGGUUGGAAUGUGUCACUCUUGGUGUUGUGCACUGUCCUGUCGAGUGAGCGCCACAGUUGACACCUAUGCUCCACCGGCUACCAUUAGAGUUUAAAAAGUGGCUGAUACCCCCACAAGCACAAUACAGGCACAUUUUGAGUGUCAGGUGCAAAUUGGGGAGCAAACCUGAGCUGACCUGGCAUCACAUGCUGCCUGCUGCUCAGCUCACUCAUAGAUGAGACUGUGCCAGGAGAGACCCGCCCCUGGUGUGGGUUGUGGGAGAUGCCCUGAGGGACCCGCUCCUGGUGUGGAAGGAGAUUCUCAGUGAACCCGCCUCUGGUGUGGAAGGGGAUUUGGGGACCUGCCCCCGGUGUGGGCUGUGGGAGGAGAUGCUCUGGGGACCGGCCCCUGGUGUGGAAGGAGAUUCUCUGGGGGACCCGCCCCUGGUGUGGGCUGUGAGGAGAUGCUCUGGGGGACCCGCCCCUGGUGUGGGCUGUGAGAUGCUCUGGGGGACCCGCCCCUGGUGUGGGCUGUGAGGAGAUGCUCUGGGGGACCCGCCCCUGGUGUGGAAGGAGAUUCUCGGUGAACCCGCCUCUGGUGUGGAAGGGGAUUUGGGGACCUGUCCCUGGUGUGGGCUGUGAGAGGAGAUGCCCUGGGGACCGGCCCCUGGUGUGGAAGGAGAUUCUCUGGGGGACGUACCCCUGGUUUGGAAGGAGAUUCUCUGGGGGACCCGCCCCUGGUGUGGGCUGUGAGAUGCUCUGGGGGACCCGCCCCUGGUGUGGGCUGUGAGGAGAUGCUCUGGGGGACCCGCCCCUGGUGUGGGCUGUGAGAUGCUCUGGGGGAGCCACCUCUGGUGUGGGAUGAGGAGAUGCUCUGGAGGACCCGCCCCUGGUGUGGGAUGAGGAGAUGCUCUGGGGGACCCGCCCCUGGUGUGGGCUGUGAGAUGCUCUGGGGAACCCGCCCCUGGUGUGGGCUGUGAGGAGAUGCCCUGGGGCACCCGCCUCUGGUGUGGAAGGAGAUUGGGGGACCCGCCCCUGGUGCGGGCUGUGAGGUGAUGCUCUGGGGGACCCGCCCCUGGUGUGGGUUGUGAGGAGAUGCCCUGGGGGACCCGCCUCUGGUGUGGAAGGAGAUUGGGGGACCCGCCCCUGGUGCGGGCUGUGAGGUGAUGCUCUGGGGGACCCGCCCCUGGUGUGGGUUGUGAGGAGAUGCCCUGGGGGACCCGCCUCUGGUGUGGAAGGAGAUUCUCAGUGAACCGGCCUCUGGUGUGGAAGGAGAUUGGGGGACCCGCCCCUGGUGCGGGCUGUGAGGUGAUGCUCUGGGGGACCCGCCCCUGGUGUGGGUUGUGAGGAGAUGCCCUGGGGGACCCGCCUCUGGUGUGGAAGGAGAUUGGGGGACCCGCCCCUGGUGCGGGCUGUGAGGUGAUGCUCUGGGGGACCCGCCCCUGGUGUGGGUUGUGAGGAGAUGCCCUGGGGGACCCGCCUCUGGUGUGGAAGGAGAUUCUCAGUGAACCCGCCUCUGGUGUGGAAGGAGAUUGGGGGACCCGCCCCUGGUGCGGGCUGUGAGGUGAUGCUCUGGGGGACCCACCCCUGGUGUGGGUUGUGAGGAGAUGCCCUGGGGGACCCGCCUCUGGUUUGGAAGGAGAUUCUCAGUGAACCCGCCUCUGGUGUGGAAGGGGAUUUGGGGACCUGUCCCUGGUGUGGGCUGUGGGAGGAGAUGCUCUGGGGGACCCACCCCUGGUGUGGGCUGUGAGAUGCUCUGGGGGACCCGCUCCUGGUGUGGAAGGAGAUUCGCUGGUGGACACGCCCGUGGUGUGGGCUGUGAGAUGUUUUGGGGGACCCGCCCCUGGUGUGGGCUGUGAGGAGAUGCUCUGGGGGACCCGCCCCUGGUGUGGAAGGAGAUUCGCUGGUGGACACGCCCAUGGUGUGGGCUGUGAGAUGUUUUGGGGGACCCGCCCCUGGUGUGGGCUGUGAGGAGAUGCUCUGGGGGACCCGCUCCUGGUGUGGAAGGAGAUUCGCUGGUGGACACGCCCAUGGUGUGGGCUGUGAGAUGUUUUGGGGGACCCGCCCCUGGUGUGGGCUGUGAGGAGAUGCCCUGGGGGACCCGCCCCUGGUGUGGGCUGUGAGGAGAUGCUCUGGGGGACCCGCCCCUGGUGUGGAAGGAGAUUCGCUGGUGGACACGCCCAUGGUGUGGGCUGUGAGAUGUUUUGGGGGACCCGCCCCUGGUGUGGGCUGUGAGGAGAUGCUCUGGGGGACCCGCCCCUGGUGUGGGAUGAGGAGAUGCUCUGGGGGACCCGCCUCUGGUGUGGAAGGAGAUUCUCAGUGAACCCGCCUCUGGUGUGAAAGGAGAUUUGGGGACCUGCCCCCGGUGUGGGCUGUGGGAGGAGAUGCUCUGGGGACCGACCCCUCGUGUGGAAGGAGAUUCUCUGGGGGACGUACCCCUGGUUUGGAAGGAGAUUCUCUGGGGGACCCGCCCCUGGUGUGGGCUGUGAGGAGAUGCCCUGGGGGACCCGCCCCUGGUGUGGGCUGUGAGAUGCUCUGGGGGAUCCGCCUCUGGUGUGGGCUGUGAGGAGAUGCUCUGGGGACCUGCCCCUGGUGUGGAAGGAGAUUGGGGGACCCGCCCCUGGUGUGAGCUGUGAGGAGAUGCUCUGAGGGACCCGUCCCUGGUGUGGAAGGAGAUUGGGGGACCUGCCCCUGGUGUGGGAUGAGGAGAUGUUCUGGGGGACCAGCCCCUGGUGUGAGCUGUGAGGAGAUGCUCUGGGGACCCGCCUCUGGUGUGGGCUGUGAGGAGAUGCCCUGGGGGACCCGCCCCUGGUAUGGGCUGAGGAGAUGCUCUGGGGGACCCACCCCUGUUGUGGGCUGUGAGGAGAUGCCCUGUGGGACCCGCUCCUGGUGUGGAAGGAGAUUCUCAGUGAACCCGCCUCUGGAGUGGAAAGAGAUUUGGGGACCUGCCCCUGGUGUGGGCUGUAAGGAUAUGCUCUGGGGACCCGCCCCUGGUGUGGAAGGAGAUUCACUGGGGGACGUACCCCUGGCUUGGAAGGAGAUUCUCUGGGGGACCCGCCCCUGGUGUGGGCUGUGAAGAGAUUCUCGGGGGGACCCGCCCCUAGUGUGGGAUGAGGAGAUGCUCUGGGGGACCCGUCCCUGGUGUGAGCUGUGAGGAGAUGCUCUGGGGGACCCACCCCUGUUGUGGGAUGAGGAGAUGUUCUGGGGGACCCGCCUCUUGUGUGGGCUGUGAGGAGAUGUCCUUGGGGACCCGUCCCUGGUGUGGGCUGUGAGGAGACGUUCUGGGGGAUUGUCAGUGAACCCCCCUCUGGUGUGGAAGGAGAUUUGGGGACCUGCCCCUUGUGUGGGCUGUGGGAGGAGAUGCUCUGGGGACCUGCCCCUGGUGUGGGCUGUGAGGAGAUGCCCUGGGGGACCCGCCCCUGGUGUGGGCUGUGAGGAGAUGCCCUGGGGGACCCGCCCCUGGUGUGGGCUGUGAGAUGCUCUGGGGAACCCACCCCUGUUGUGGGCUUUGAGGAGAUGCCCUGUGGGACCCGCUCCUGGUGUGGAAGGAGAUUCGCUGGUGGACACGCCCCUGGUGUGGGCUGUGAGAUGUUUUGGGGGACCCCCCUCUGGUGUGGGCUGUGCAGAGAUGCUUUGGGGGACCCGCCUCUGGUGUGGUAGGAGAUUGUGGGACCCGCCCCUGGUGUGGGCUGUGAGAUGCUCUGGGGGACCUGCCUCUGGUGUGGGCUGUGAGGAGAUGCCCCGGGGGACCCGCCCCUGGUGUGGGCUGAGGAGAUGCUCUGGGGGACCCGCCCCUGGUGUGGAAGGAGAUUGGGGGACCCACCCCUGUUGUGGGCUGUGAGGAGAUGCCCUGUGGGACCCGCUCCUGGUGUGGAAGGAGAUUCUUUGGUGGACACGCCUCUGAUGUGGGCUGUGAGAUGUUUUGGGGGACCCCCUUCUGUUGUGGGCUGUGAGGAGAUGCUCUGGGGGACCUGCCCCUGGUGUGGGCUAUGAGGAGAUGCUCUGGGGGACCCACCCCUGGUGUGGGUUGUGAGAUGCUCUGGGGGACCUGCCUCUGGUGUGGGCUGUGAGGAGAUGCCCUGGGGUACCCGCCCCUGGUGUGGAAGGAGAUUGGGGGACCCACCCGUUGUGGGCUGUGAGAUGCCCUGUGGGACCCGCCCCUGGUGUGGAAGGAGAUUGGGGGACCCACCCGUUGUGGGCUGUGAGAUGCCCUGUGGGACCCGCUCCUUGUGUGGAAGGAGAUUCUCUGGUGGACACGCCUCUGAUGUGGGUUGUGAGAUGUUUUGGGGGACCCCCUUCUGGUGUGGGCUGUGAGGAGAUGCUCUGGGGGACCCACCCCUGGUGUGGGCUGUGAGGAGAUGCCCUGGGGGACCCAUCCCUGGUGUGGGCUGAGGAGAUGCUGUAGGGGACCCGCCCCUGGUGUGGAAGGAGAUUGGGGGACCCAUCCCUGUUGUGGGCUGUGAGGAUAUGCCCUGUGGGACCAGCUCCUGGUAUGGGCUGAGAUGUUUUGGGGGACCCCCCUCUGGUGUGGGCUGUGAGGAGAUGCUCUGGGGGACCCGCUCCUUGUGUGGAAGGAGAUUCUCGGUGAACCCGCCUCUGGUGUGGAAGAUUUGGGGACCUGCCCCCGGUGUGGGCUGUGGGAGGAGAUGCUCUGGGGACCCGCCCCUGGUGUGGAAGGAGAUUCACUGGGGGACGUACCCCUGGUUUGGAAGGAGAUUCUCUGGGGGACCUGCCCCUGGUGUGGGCUGUGUGGAGAUGCUCUGGGGGACCUGCCCCUGGUGUGGGCUGUGUGGAGAUGCUCUGGGCUUCCCAGGAGAACUGCUUGUUGUAGCAGCUGCCUACGUGGUCCUGCCUGGCCCAGAGCUGCUGGGUGUUGGGUGCCCCCGCUGGGUGCUGGUCAGUGGCAAAUACAAGGGAACUUCUCAUAUAACAACUUGGGAAAGUAACCCCGAGCAUCCCCUUAACCAGGAAUACUCACCCUGGCCCAGGCCUUUCUUCGAGCUGCUGCCUCUUCCCUGGGCCUGUGGCCUGCCCCAUCCUGUCCCUUGGGGCUGCUGCAGGGUUACCCUCUAUGGUUGUGGACAGCCUCCUGGGGCCCUGGCACUGCCUGGCUCGGGCUCAAAGGCUCACUGCCCU